UGAUUUCUAAUUUCCCCUCAUCCUCUCCCCCUCUCCAUCCCCAAGGAAGAACUGCAUUUUGAUUUAUGUUCUUUUGUUUGUAAUCUCAUGAUUCCAAUCGCCAGGCAUUUUCUGUUGAAUUACUCCGGUUGUGUUGAACUUUUGUUUCACUUUAUAAAAGAGGAGGGCUGUAUUUCUGCCAUAUUGAUCUAGAAAAACCUCUUUUAUUAUGCUUUUGAGGUUGUGGGGGUUCGGUGAGACUUCUACUGUCCUUGGUGAUAUUUUAAUUUCUGUGGGGAUUGGUGUGGAAGGAUGAGAAUCUCGCUUAUUCUUCUGUUGCUGUAAUCUUCUUUCCCACAAAUUAUGAGUCGAAUUAGGCUUCCACUGUUUCAAAUGAUUUUCCAAGAUGGGGAAUCUGAGUGCCCUGGUUUUCAACGUGAACCCAAGAAACUGGACCUUCUGUUCCAUCGAAGGAGCACACUAUGCAAAUAGCUUGUCAACCCCAUCCACUGGUUUACUUCUCUAUCAGAAGCAUCUCUAAAAGACAAGAUGAAUGGAAGAACGUACAGAAUUUGCAUUCAAGAAGCUUUGUUAAACUUGUAUUUUUGGAACCUCAGACUCAUAAAUUUGCUAGGCCACUGUGCAAAAACAGAUUGUAUGCAAUCCCACAUGAAGAAGAUGGGCGCCCUUCUGCCUCGAUGCCAGAGGAUGUUAAUUCGAAACCAAUGCUUAAUUCUAUAGCAGAGGAGUUGGGGAAUAAAUGGUCGCCUCCAAGAUAUCUAUGGAGGGGGCUAUCAGUUCUUUUUCUAACUGGGCAGGUCAUUAUGAGGACUUUAAAGGGUAAAAUCCAUUGGAAAAAUACUCUCCAACAGCUAGAGAGAGUAGGGCCAAGAUCUGUAGGGGUUUGUCUUCUAACAUCUGCAUUUGUUGGCAUGGCUUUUUCUAUCCAAUUUGUCAGAGAAUUUACUAGAUUAGGAUUAAACAGGUCUGUUGGUGGUGUAUUAGCUUUGGCAUUCUCAAGGGAGCUAAGUCCCGUGAUUACGUCGAUUGUGGUUGCAGGGAGAAUUGGAAGUUCAUACGCUGCAGAAUUAGGAACAAUGCAAGUCUCAGAGCAAACCGACACGUUAAGAAUCUUGGGUUCAAACCCUGUCGAUUAUCUCGUCACUCCAAGAGUUAUAGCCUCCUGCAUUGCUCUUCCAAUUCUAACUUUAAUGUGUUUCACAGUUGGGAUGGCAUCAAGUGCUCUUUUGGCCGACAGUGUUUAUGGUAUUAGCAUCAACAUUAUCAUUGACUCAGCUCUAAGAGCUCUAAAAUCGUGGGAUAUAAUCAGCGCGAUGAUCAAAUCGCAGGUUUUCGGUGCUAUCAUAUCGAUUGUAAGCUGUGCUUGGGGUAUCACUACUUCGGGGGGUGCUAAGGGGGUUGGGGAGUCCACAACUUCAGCCGUUGUCAUCUCUCUUGUGGGCAUAUUCAUUGCUGAUUUCACCCUUUCUUGUUUCUUCUUCCAAGGAGCUGGAGAUUCCCUCAAGAACUGUAUGUAAAUUCAUUGAGCAUAGUCACAAAUACUUCUACAUUAUUCAGUGGGGAAAAGAGCAUGUCAGAAUCUGCUGUUUACAUAAAACAUGUCUCCAAGAAGUUUAACAAAUGGGAAGCCAUUGCAGGUAUGUGUGAGUUUUAGUUUAAUUUGUUUUUGGGCUGAAACAACAACUUUCUGGCUUUUCUUGCUGUUUUCUUAUUGUCUAGCAAAGAAGUGCCUUUUUUACGUAGGAUUAGCAGUCCACGUUAUCUUCCACUUUCGAUUGAGUUUAUGAAUCUCAGCUCAUGUUUUUAAGUAGAACUUUUGACAAAUAAUAUGAUUCUGCCACUAGAUGGGUCACUUAAAAACCCAUCUAAAAUUUGUAACAA